GUGCACGUAUUAGCGGCGAUUUCAACAUGGCGCAAGAAGGAGGAGACAAGGACAAAGAUAGAAAGAAGAAGGAAAGCAUACUUGACUUAUCAAAAUAUCUAGACAAGAAGAUCAGAGUCAAGUUCCAUGGUGGAAGAGAAGCUAGUGGUGUGUUGAAAGGAUAUGAUCCGCUGUUGAACCUAGUGUUAGAUGGUACCACAGAGUAUCUGAGAGAUCCGGACGAUCCGUACAGGCUGACGGAGGACAGCCGACAGCUGGGCCUCGUUGUCUGCCGGGGCACGGCCGUCGUGCUUAUCUGUCCGCUCGACGGCAUGGAAGCCAUCCCGAACCCCUUCGUCGCACACGAGUGACCCCGCACGGCACCAGGGGGCGCCGGCGGCGUGCGCACGUGCACCAGGGGGCAUCGCCGGCGCGUGGAGGGUGCGGUCGCCGUGGAUACGCGGCAGUGGGAGCGGGUCGUCGUCUUGGCGGGAAUUGCGCUUUGACUCGCGCAAGAUUUUAUAUUCAUUGCUGCGAGAUUGCGCGUUUCUACUUUGAAAACGGUCGUGAAGGGGCAGAGUUUUCUCAUCAAAGUCGAUCAUGAUAGCUAUUGAGAAUGCCAUUGAGAAAACUUGUCGCAUCCCUGUUGUGUGCAUUGCCGAGCGAAAUUUCUGUGUAUGUAUAUAGAAAUAUAUAUAUGUGUGUGUAUCAUCAUGUGGUAUGCUUGUCAUCAAACCUUUUGUAUUACGUGCAGUGAGCCUAAUUGUAUGGGCAGGGUCUGUGUGCAUAUCCUGUGUUGACCCUACUAGUGGUUAAUGUUUUCGAAUUUUUUUCUUUCUGCACAGACUAUCCCACAAUUCUUUUUGCAUUACUAAGUGUACCUCACUUAGUGUGUGUUGAUGUACGUGUGCAGUAAUUUGAAUAUAUGGAACUACACUAUUGAUGUGAACGUUGUAA